AUGUCUUCUGAUCUGCAAUACCUACUUGACAUGGGCUUCUCUCAAGCUAUUGCAGAGGAGGCUCUACAACGUACCGGAUACAAGAGUUUAGAUGCUGCAGUGGAUUGCUGUCAGAAAUGUCUUCAGAAUGACGAGGAAUUACAAUUGCACAGCGCACUCACCGGGCAUUGUAAUUAUACUGAACUGAAUAGUAAGCUGGCCCCACUUACUGAAGAAGAGCGCAAAGCACAAGUCGAAAAGUUGCAGCAAUUGAUAAAACAGCGGCGACAAAUGCGUGAAGAACAGGAAAGUCGAAACGAAUUAGAACGCGAGAAAAUGCGACGGAAACAAGGGAAAGAUAUAGUUUCGGCUAAAGCCAAAUUUGAAUCGGACGAAAUGCGUCGCAUCGUGGAACAGAGGACUCGCGAGAAGGCGGAAGACAAAGCAUACAGGGAGAAACUCCGAGCGGAGAUCGCCAGGGAACGCGAAGAAAGAAAACUGCGUGAACAAGGCAAUCUGCCCACUCCAAAGCCGACCCCUGUACCCACGGAACCUACUACUACUACUACAAUAGACAACACUUCCACAUCAUGUCGUCUUCAGAUUCGGCUUCCCAUGGGGAAUCCUCUGAAAGCGGAGUUCGGUGCUACGGAACCACUGAGUGCAGUGGCUCUGUACAUAAGCCAGCGUUGGCCCAAUACCACCGGGGUAGAUCCCACCAUGAUUCACUUGUUCACCACUUUCCCGAAACACGAAUACGAUACCGGUGAGCUGCAAAAAUCCCUCAGGGAGCUAGGUAAGUAUGCGAACAUAAUUCAUGAACAAACCAGUCUGUUUUGUCACGAUAACCGUACUGAUAAGAGCUAG